CUCCAGUUUCCAUCCAUUCAACCCUCCCUCUACCUUGUCCAUCAUCUGUUGCAUUCACUCUACCAACCAGAGAUUGUAUUAACAGUCAUUUGCGACUAGAGUAAAGGCGCUUGGUGACCGGCGCGAAACGAAAACGACCACGACAUAUCAGCUUGCCACCUGGCCCCUUGGACCUUGCCAUUCCAUUUUUGAUCAUGUCUCGAUCUGGAACUACCCUCUAUGUCACGGGCUUUGGUCAUGGCACCCGUGCCCGUGACCUUGCCUAUGAGUUCGAGCACUAUGGUCGUCUGGUCAGGUGCGACAUUCCUGCUCCCAGAACUGCGUCAAGCCGUCUCUUCGCUUUUGUCGAAUACGAGAGCCGUCGCGAUGCUGACGAUGCCUACCACGAGAUGCAUAACAAGCGGAUCGGUCGUGAUGAUGUCUUGAAGAUUGAGUGGGCCCGUACACCUCCAUCUGCCACCUGGCGAUACGAAGCUGGUCGUGGCCGUCGUGAUCGAACUCCUCCUCGCCGAUCUGCUCGUUCUCCUUCCCCUCGACGUCGCGACUACUCUCCCCGUAAGGAUGAUCGCCGUGACCGUGACCGAGACCGGGAAAGAGAUCGGGACCGAGAUUACGAUGACCGACGCCGCUCGCGCAGCCCUGCGGAUCGCGACCGUGAUCGAGACCGGGACCGGGAUAUGAAGGAUGACCGCGACCGCCGUGACGACGACCGAGAUGGCGCUGCCAAUGGCGACGACCGGAAAGCUCUGGACUCCCCUCCCCCGGCUCACGAUGAGCUCGAUACCGCGGAAUGAUAAGGCAGCAUGAUCUGCCCACACCCACCUGGUGCCAAACCCAGCAUGCUGUUACUGCGAACGAACAAGCAAGCAGGUUUCUUGCGAUUGGGCAAGGCCACAAGUUGCUGCGUUUCCAAAGGGCAAGAAUGUGCUAGGUUUCCUUCAGAUUUUUCGUCCUUGACAUUGUUGCUAUGAUGAUUCAAUUGCAGAACUUGCAUGACCUGAGAGCCUCAGGCAUAGCAGUGAGCGGUGGUUAAAAUUGACUUGACAUGGGAUUAGAUCGACUUCGAGCGAACGGUGCAGGCUCAAUCCUGUACAACAGCCGGCUUCUCGAUCGUCAACGGUUAUCUUCGGUAGCGUACGAAGUAUUCGAUCGGAGCGUCGAUACGGACAAUCGGACGAUACCUAUCUUGACAGCAUGUACCGCCGUCCUCACUUUUUCUAUUCCUCUUCGAGACGUUACAGCAGCUCUAGUAUCAGCCUCGUUCCCUUUCAUCCGCGACGAUGCGCCGCAAUCCCGGCCUCGCAUUUUCCUCGUCCCCGCCGCCGCCGUCGUAAUUCCCCUUCUCGCAAUCUCACCACCCCGUAUUCCCAGCGCAAUCCCCGCGUCCUAUCCUUCCGCCUCAAACGCACGAUCCAUCUUCCACGAGCUCGUUAUUCGACGUUCAGCAAUCCGACACCAGCGGCACAAGACGCGUUUAUUCCCCUUGCACACUAUGUUUUGACUUGUCCGAAGUUACGAUGUCGUGGCCUCCCUUCCGUCUCCCGCUCCCGUAUCCGACAUCCUAUCCUAUUUCCUAUUUGUUUAUUGCCGGUGGUGGGCUCGUCCCUGCCCUGAUGAUGAUUCUGGUCGACGUAGCAGACACUGCACUCCACUCGGCGAGGUAAGUCUUACAGCGCCAUCAUAGGUCACUUGUCCUCGCGGACGCAGGUUUAUUGUUUAAAUACAUGAUAUCUCAAUCGCUCCC